UCAGGGCUGGGCAGGGCCGGGCCAGGCCGGGAGGCGAGACAGGCUGGCCAGCGCUGGGCCCUGGCUCCGGGCCUUAGUCCCACGCAGCCGCUCCUGAGGCUUUGCGGAGUCGGAUCCUGAGCUGCUCGGGGUGGGUGGGGCGACGCGAUCCCGCUCCUGCUCCCCCAGGGUCUGGUCAGCCCCGACGGGCCCGAAUCUGCUGCGGCGGAUCCCUUCUAGCACUCUGGUCCCCCUUGGGCUUCGCUGGGCUGAAAAGCGAGAUUUUCACCAGAAAUGGCUCUUUUCCUAGCUCCGUCUUCUCUGUCUCACGUGGUUUGGAAUGGAAGCAGUACUGCACAUGAAGAGACAAGUUUUUGUUAAUCCCCUGGAUUAGGAAUUUAAUUUGACAAAGCCUGCACGUUUUCAUAGCCACUGCCUUCUGCCGGUGGGGUGGGGCCGGUUUUCUCUGUUGUGAUUGAGAAAAGCACUGUUUUGGGAUUCAUUGGAGGCUAAAUUAGGUGUUGAUUAAACUCUACGGAGCUGCUGAUACAGAGUAAAAAGUAGCCCAGAUAAAUUCAGAUGACCCAGUAGUAAGUGGAAGUAAUUUGUAAAAAGUCCCAAGUGUGAAACCUUUAUCUGUCUACCUUGCUUUAGUGUAUUGGGCUUCAGAGCACGUUCCGCCUAUUUGUUAGGCUGAUUUCAGAAUUUAUUACCCUUGGAAAAAGUCCCUGGAAGACAUCAAACAAACAAACAAACCAACACCAAACCCGUUGCGGUCGAGUCGAUUCCGAGUCAUAGUGACCCUAAUGGCCAGAGUAGAACUGCCCCGGAGAGUUUCCAAGGAGCGCCUAGUGGAUUCGAACUGCUGACCUUUUGGUUAGCAGCUGGAGCUCUUAACCACUAGCCACCAGGGUUUCCGUAGGAGGUAAUAAAAUAGCAGCCUUUGGCUGAGUGAUGGGAGAUCUCCCAGUAUAACUGAGUGAAACUAACCCAAUUUGGAUCACACAGAAAUUCUAAUAUGCUACCAGGCAACUUACGGGUUAUUACUAGUUCCUUAGGGAGGAAAAUGGAGACCGAUAGUUAUAUUUUGUACAAGGAUAUAUAAUAAAUUGUUUAGAGUUCUACAAAAAAGGGGGGGGGGGAGCACAAAUAGCUCUGUUUUAAGUUGAAGAAAGAUCUUAGAUAGCCAUGAUUUAGAAAUUCUUUUAUGACUCCCUAAUUCACAUUAUAUGAGAUAUUUGUAUGAAUAAAUGUCUUUUCACCUGUAAAUUAAACGAUUAAAACCUUUCGGAACGGGGUGGGGGGAAUAAAAAACAUUAGCACUGCAUUGGCUGAUCUGGCUCAGAUACAGUGCUCCAUGAAUAUUUGUUGUGUGAAUAAAUAACCAUACAUAAAAAUGAAGAAAGAACCAAAAAAUAGAAGGGAUUUAUUCCAUGUGUAUCCCAGACUCUGAAUGAGGUUAAGUGAGCUGAUAGAAAUCUUUCCAUUUCAGAAUGUUCUGGAAAGUCUUUUGAGGAAAAAUACUCAUUUAAAUUAUUAUAAUUUUUGUAGCUUAAAAAAAAAAUUUCCACUGUGGCUAAAUAUAUGUAGCAAGAAAUUUCAACAAUUUUUAUGAGUCUGGUGACAUUAAUUACAUUCAUGAUGUCAUGCAACAGUCACCGCUGUUUCCACGUUUUUCAUCACCCUUAAAAAAAAAAACAAACCGAAAAACUAUACCCCUUAAGCAGUACCACCCUUUUUCCCCCUUCCACCCAGCCCUGGUAACCACUGAUGAACUUUGGCCUCUAUGAUUAUAACUUAUUUUAAUUCUACUUUGUGCAAAAAGUAGGGAAUUAAUCAUGAAGCUAGAGGAGACGCUUUUUGAACUCUUAAGAUUUUUUCCUUAGUAUGUUCCCCAAAGUAAACAAACAAACAAACAAACAAAAAACCCAGUUAGGUGAAAAAAAAAAGUUUAAGUUCUUUAGUGUUUUAAAUACAGCUUUAUUGAGGUAUAAUACACAUGCCAUAAAAUUAACCCAUUUUAAGUGUACAGUUUGAUCAAUUUUAGUAAAUUUAUAUAGUUGCACAGUUGUCAACACAGCCCACUUUAGAACAUGUCCCUCACUCCAAAAAGUUCCCUUGUGCCCAUUUGCACCCAUUUUCUAUUCCCAAGCCAGCUCCUGCUUGUCUGCUUUCUGUCUCUAUAAAUAAAAAGCCAAAGCAGUUGCCCUUCAGUCAGUUCUAACUCAUGGUGACCCCAUGUGUUGCAGGGUAGAACUGCACUCCAUAGAGUUUUAAAGGCUAUGACCUUUCGGAAGCACAUUGCCAGGCCUUUCUUCCAAGGUGCCUCUGGGUAGGUUCGAACCGCCAACCUUUUGGUUAACCAUUUGUGCCACCCAGGAAUUCCUAUAGGUUUUCUUUUUCUAGAAAUUUCAAAUAAAUCAUAUGACAUGUAGUCUUAUGUGUCUAGCUUUCACUUUUGUUUUUGAGGUUCAUCUGUGUUGUUACGUACAGCAGUAAUUUGUUCCUUUCUAAGUAGCGUUUCAUCGUAUGGAUGUAUACAUUUGUUUAUACAUUCACCAUUUCAUGGCUAUUUGGAUUGUUUCGUGUUUGUGGCUAUUAUGAAUAAUGUUGGUAUGAAUGUUGGUAACCAGCCUUUCUAUGGACAUGUUUUCAUUUCACUCGGGUAGAUUCCUAGGAGUGGAGUUGCUGAGUUGUAUGCGAAGUGUAUGUUUAAGAAAACACCAGCAAUGGUUUAAGAAAAUAGUUUCAAGUAACAAAAGAUUUAAGAAGAAAAUUGCUUCCUAAGAUUUGAUUUAAUUUUAUUUAAUUCAGUACUUUUACUCUAGUAAUUGGUGCAAACCCCCACAAACACCACAGGGAACAACAGUGUUUUGUGGGCAUGGGUUUGAAAACUUUUUUAGGCAUUGGAAAGGCAGUCAAGAAUUUUAAGUGGCGAAUAACACCAUCAAAUUUAUGUUUUUGGCUGGAAAGAUCACUUGAUGUUAGAGGAUGGUAUGGAGAGAGGAGAUAUGUAAUGGUUAAAACACAGAUUCAGAUUAAAAAAAAACAAAAACAAACCCGUUGCCACCUAGUUGAUUCCAACUCAUAGCAACCCUGUAGGACAGCAUAGAACUGUCCCAUAGGGUUUCCAGGGAGCGGUUGGUGGAUUUGAACUGCCAGCCGUUUGGUUAGCAGCUUAACACUUAACCAGUGUGUCACCGGGGCUCCAGAUGCAGACUGCCAGAAUCCAAAUCCCAGCACUGUUGUUUAUAAAUUGGAUGAGCUGGGACAAAGUACUUAAUUUCUCUGGCCUCAAUUUCUUCAUCUGUAAAAUGGGGUCAGUGAUUAGUACCAGCUUCAUAGGGGUUCUUUUUUUUUUUAUUGUACUUUAGAUGAAGGUUUAUAGAACAAACUAGCUUCUCAUUAAUAGUUUGUAGUUAGAGUAUUUCUAGUGAUUUUUUCUCUAAGUGUUUUAAAGUUUUACCUUUUCCAUUUUAGUCUUCAAUCUGUCUUAAUCAAAUUUCAUUUUCCUGAUGAAGCUUUUUCCCUUAACAUCUAUUUUGUCUGAUUUUAAUAUUGCAACUUUGGUUUUCUUUUUGUUUCUGUUUGCCUGGUAUAUCUUUUUGUAUCCAUUUGCUUUUUAAAUUUUUUCUCAUGUUUUAGAUGUCUUUAUACAAAUAGCACAUGUUUAGAUAUUUUUAAAGCCAUCCUGAGAAUAUGUCUUCUAACUGGAGAAUUUUCUUUUUUUCCUUCUCCCUUACUUCUUUUUUACGGCUGAGUUUUUUUGUUUGUUUGCUUUUCCCCCGUUUAAGUCCCUCUCCUAGUUUGAAAGUUAUAUACUCUAUUUGUCUUCCUUUAGUGGUUAACAAAGAAAGUUUAAAGUUUAAAUUUAAGACAUUUAACUUAAAUUACUUAAUUUAUAAAACUCGCUUUCAUACUUAAUUACAAAAAACUUAGUACUGUUUAUUCUCAUUUGAAUAAUACAGGGACUAUUGAAUGUUUUAUCUGCGGGUUUAUGCUGUUGUUCAGUUUUGUAGUUCUUUGUAUUUUUCAAUUCAACAUCACAAAUUUACAUUACUGUUUUUUUUUUGUUUAUUUAGUCAGUCAGCUUACAGAAUAUUUACAUGUUACUCUUUUUCUUCCUGAGAACUCAGCCUCCUGCAUCUGUUGAAUCUCAAAAACCCCGGCUGAAGAAAGCUCCAGAGUUUCCUAUUUUAGAGAAGCAGAAUUGGUUGAUACAUCUCCACUAUAUCCGGAAGGAUUAUGAAGCAUGCAAGGCUGUUAUCAAAGAACAGCUUCAGGAGACUCAGGGAUUGUGUGAAUAUGCCAUCUAUGUACAAGCAUUGAUAUUUCGCCUGGAAGGACGUAUCCAAGAAUCUCUAGAACUGUUUCAGACGUGUGCUGUUCUCAGCCCUCAGUCUACUGACAACCUCAAGCAGGUGGCCAGAUCGUUAUUUCUUUUGGGAAAACAUAAAGCUGCCAUAGAAGUAUAUAAUGAAGCAGCUAAACUUAACGAGAAAGAUUGGGAGAUCUGCCAUAACUUAGGAGUUUGCUACAUUUACCUGAAGCAGUUCAACAAGGCACAAGACCAGUUGUACAAUGCUCUACAGCUCAGUAGGCAUGAUCUGACUUACAUAAUGCUGGGGAAGAUCCACUUGCUGGAGGGAGACUUGGAGAAGGCCAUUGAAAUCUACAAGAAAGCAGUGGAGUUCUCACCAGAAAACACAGAGCUCCUUACAACUUUAGGAUUACUCUACUUAGAGCUUGGCAUUUACCAGAAGGCAUUUGAACAUCUUGGCAAUGCACUGACUUAUGACCCUACCAACUACAAGGCCAUCUUGGCAGCAGGCAGCAUGAUGCAGACCCAUGGCGACUUUGAUGUUGCCCUCACCAAAUACAGAGUCGUAGCUUGUGCCAUGCCAGAGAGCCCCCCACUGUGGAACAACAUUGGAAUGUGUUUCUUUGGCAAGAAGAAAUACGUGGCAGCUAUCAGCUGCCUGAAACGAGCCAACUACUUGGCACCCUUCGACUGGAAGAUUCUGUAUAAUUUGGGGCUCGUCCACUUGACCAUGCAGCAGUAUGCAUCAGCUUUCCGUUUCCUCAGCGCGGCCAUCAACUUCCAGCCAAAGAUGGGGGAGCUGUACAUGCUCUUGGCUGUGGCUCUGACCAAUCUGGAAGAUGUUGAGAAUGCCAGGAGAGCCUACGCAGAAGCAGUCCGCCUGGAUAAGUGUAACCCUUUAGUAAACCUGAACUAUGCUGUGCUGCUGUACAACCAGGGAGACAAGAAGGGCGCCCUGGCCCAGUACCAGGAGACGGAGAAGAAAGCCAACCUACUCAAGCACAGCAGCUCUCUGGAAUUUGACUCUGAGAUGGUGGAGAUGGCCCAGAAGUUGGGAGCAGCUCUCCAGGUUGGGGAGGCACUGGUCUGGACUAAACCAGUCAAAGAUCCCAAAUCAAAGAACCGGACCACUUCAGCCAGCAAACCGGCCAGUUUCCAGCAGCCCCUGGGCUCUAAUCAAGCUCUAGGACAGGCAAUGUCUUCAGCAGCUGCAUACAGGAAGCUCCCUGCAGGUGCUGGAGGAACACCUCAGCUCACAAAGCCACCAUCUCUUCCUCUGGAGCCAGAGCCCACUGUGGUAGCAAGUCCAGCUGAUGCGGCUUUUUCAACUGAAGCAUCAGAGCAAAUAAGAGAAAAAUGAUGACCCCAGAGUAGGGGUUUCUUUGGCUAGAAUGUACCAGAUUAGGAAAAGUCACGUGGCACAGGCAGAGAGUAGAGGCCAGCACCAUUCCCUGGCACCACAGGACCAAAACAGAAUGCAAGGCAUGUUAGGAUGAUGGGCCCAUGCAGUCCUCCUCUCUGUGAGCCCCAUCUUCCAGGGACUAGGAAGAAGACAGCCCAGGAAAAUCCUUUAAGAUUGGGAGUAAGACUGGUGGUUCUGUGUAUAUAUGGAGCUCCCAGAGGCAGCAGGGCACGUGGAGCUGUUUGCUGUCGAAAGGAAUUUUGUCUCCUGGAUGGAUGACCCCUUCCUUUGUGCAAGAAAAGACUGAGCCAGACCUCUGCUCAGUAGUCCUGGGAUGACGAAGCCUUGGCUAAGCUAUAUUAGCCCCUAACACAAACACAAAUCUUGGAUUAGUAAUCCAGCUCUAACAGUCUAAAAGGAAAAAAAAAAAAAAGAUGAAAAACAGCUUUGUAAACCGAGGCUCAGCCUGGUGAGUAUACCAGCUGCGUUUGCCUAAAGGGAAUCCAGAAAUUCCUAUAUUCUGUUCUUGAGAGGGGUUGGAGUCUAAUGCCAGAUCAUGUCAGUAUGAUCUUUAAAAUAACAAAUAAAAUAGGAACCAAGGGCUGGUCUGGUAUCAGCACCAGGGAUAUUUAAAAAAAAAAAAGGAAGAACUCCUUAGCUGAGGAGUUUUAUCUAAGACAAUCAAUGUAACCACUAACCAGAUGCUAUCAAUACAUUAUCUAAGGUCAUUUUUAAAAUAAAAAUUAUGUAUUCUCAUCAGUCCUUUAGAAAAAGUUGUUUUUCAGGUAUAAAAAUAAGAAAUCGCAAUAAAAACUUUUAAAAGAACCUAUGAUCACAGCUUUCUCUUAACCUAUUUCCAAGUCUAGUUUGAAACUGGAGGAGGAACCUCAAGGCCAAGUUCUUACUUGGUGCCAGCAUGGCCUCUGCAGCAACCCUCAUGGAUAUUAGGCCAGCAGUUUGGCUAUUAGGACCAGUCCCCAUUUUGUACUUGAAGUGUCCUUCAGUCACCAUCAUUGAAGGUGGACUGACCUAUCAUUAAAUCAAACUAUGUUUGGAAUUCUUUAUAUUAUGACUGGGUUUGUUUUGACAUUGUAAUUGAAGAAGCAGCUAACUGAGCAGAGGCCUCUUCAGUUCUUAUGUCUCAGAAAUAAACAGCAGUGUGUCAGAAGUGAUACCCUUGCCCAUGCAGCUGGUAUGUGGCAGAGAUGGGAUUUGUACCCUGACCAGUUGAGAAAGCUCACCUUUACAUCUGUGUGGAGUCAGGUCUGACUGAAAAGGUCUGAUAGCUUAUAAAUUAAGACAGAGUUAGAGAGAAGGAAGGAGAUAUAAGAGGGAUUUAGGAGCUAAAAUUAACAGAAAUUGGAGAUUGAUUGGAUGUUGCAGAUAAGAAUAGACUAAGAACAGGUAAUACAAAUCAGAAUGAAGGAACAUUGAGGGUAUAGAACUGAGGGUUAAUUGUGGAGUCCAGUUUUAGACAUGUUUAUCUUUGAGACAUCCAAGUGAUGAUAUCCAUUGAACAUUUGAAUAGUUGGAUUUCAGGUGUGAAAUCUUCAUUGAAGAUAAAGAUUCAGAAAUAAUUUGGAUUUAGGUGAUAGCUGAAACCAAAUAUUUGGCAGAAGUCACCCAAGGAAAUCUUGGAAUAUGAAGAUGGGACCAAAGAAGAAAAACCAAAUUGAAAGGGAGAAACAAAAGACCCCACAAAGGAGACAGGAGAAUCAAGUGAUACAAAAGAAAAACCAGGAGAGUGGUAUUAUGGGAGUCAAGGAAAGAAAAGUUAAGGAAGGGAAUGGUCAGUCUCACUGAACCCUUCCAAAAGAGAAGUACUGUUAUAUCGCCAUUUUAUAAAGGAGGAAGCUGAGGUUGGGACAGGCAAAUGGAUUUUCCAACCUAAGUGGCAGGAUCAGGAUUUGAACCUCAGUCUGGAUGCAAAGCUCUUGCUUGUAACCAUUAACCGUCCAGUAGUGAUGUACUUGUGGUGAAGCAGUGAUAGUAACAGAAACCCAAAGGCUUGAAGAUUGAGAAGUGAAGAUGGUGACACUAGACUACUCUAUUUCCAAAAGCUUUGAAGUAAAGGGAAGAGAGGUUUUUAGAGGGCAGAAUUCACUCAAAAUAAUUCAUUACUUUGAGAAAUUUUUAGCAUUUAGGGAGAGAAGGAUUAAAAAGGUCUUCUCUUUUUAAACGAAGCAUGGUAGAAACUGAGGGGAUACAAGAGCAGGGCUCUUUGGUUUUUCCACACUCUUUGGGAGCAGAACAUAAUGGUACCCUGCAACCCAGGAAUAGCAGUCCACAACCAAUACUUCCCAUUUUUGUUUGGGCUUAGAUUUUCUUUAAAAAUAACAAAGAAUUCCUCAAAACUCCACUGAAAGUUUCUGUUCUACCUCCUAGUUUGGUAAGUAGCAUGGGGUCUUAAAAGCUUGCAAGAGGCCACCCAAAAUACAAUUGGUCUCUGUUUGUCUGGAGCAGUAGAAGAAGAGGAGACCUAGGAAUUGGAGAAAGAAAUGGACUACAGGUCUAAUUGUCUCCAUGAACUACUACCUCCCUUGCCAUGAGACCAGAAGAAAAGAAUGGUGCCUGGCUACAAUUACUGAACAAGGACCCAAAAGAUAGAUACUGAUCAAAAGGAGGAAAAAUGUGGAAUAGAACAUCUGAUUUCUGUGGAAACCAGACUUACUGGAUUCACAGAGACUGGGGGAACCCUUGAAUCUAUUGUCCUGAAAUGAUCUUUAAACCUUGAACCAAAACUAUCCUGUGAAAUCAUUUGCAAACAAAACAACAGUUUAGCUCAAUUGAUAAAGGAUGUUGGCCUUGAAUAUUUUGAAAGAAUUACCUAUAUGCAAUCAAAUUGACUAACUCUAAAGCACAGAUGAGAACUUUAAGGGGCAGGGAGAGUAAAAGUUAAUGGUGGUAGUUUAAAAACAAGAAAAUAUUCUCUGAUGGUUACGAGAGCGGGGAGGGAGGAGAGAAGGGAGAGGGAUUUUCACUGGUUAGAUAGUGGAUAGGGAUUAUUUUGGGUGUAGGGAAGGACAACACACAAUACAGGCAAGGUCAAGACAACAGGACUAAACUAAAAGCAGUUUCCUGAAUAAACUGAAUGUUUCCAAGGCCAGAGUAGUAGGAGCGGGGGUCUGGGGACCAUGGUUUCAGGGGACAUCCAAGUCAAUUGGCAUAAUAAAAUCUAUUAAGAAAACAUUCUGCAUCCGACUUUGGAGAGUGGCUUCUGGGGUCUUAAAUGCUAGUAAGCAGCCAUUUAAGACGCAUCAAUGAGUCUCAGCCCACCUGGAGCAAAGGAGAAUGAAAAACACCAAAGAAGGUAAUUAUGAGCCCACAGUAAAGGACCACAUAAACAGGAGACUGCAUCGGCCUGAGACCGGAAGAGCUAGAUGGUACCUGGCUACAACCAAUGAUUGCCCUGACAGGGAGUGCAAUGAAGAGCCCCUGAGGGAGCAGGAGAACAGUGGGAUGUAGACCCCAAAUUCUUAUAAAGAGACCAGACUUAAUGGUCUGGCUGAGAUUAGAAGGACCCUGGAGGUUAUGGUCCCCAGACCUUCUAUUAGCCCAAGACAGGAGCCAUUCCCAAAGCCAACUCUUCAGACAAGGAUUGGUCUAUGGGUUAGAAAAUGAUAGGUGAAAAAUGAGCUUCUUGGAUGAAGUAGACACAUAAGACUAUGUUGGCAUCUCCUGUUUGGAAGGGAGAUGAGAGAGCAGAGGAGGUCAGAAGCUGGCCAAAUGGACACGAAAACAGUCGAGGGAAAGAGUGUGCUGUCUUACUAGGGGGAGAGCAAUUAGGAGUAUAUAGCAAGGUGUGUAUAAAUUUCUGUAUGAGCGACUGACUUGAUUUGUAAACUUAAAGCACAAUAAAAAUUUUUAAAAAGUUAA